AACUGAUUCGCUUCUCCUCUGGCUAUAGCUUGUCCUGCUACAUUUGUGGUUCCAAGGGAGACGGGUCACGCCUCAAUCCACCUUUUGGCACAAUAGCAGAUUCGCCAAGUGGCUCCAGCCAACCACCCCCCCUCCCCCAUUUCCUAUUUAUAAGCACAGACCACCCAUGGCAGUCUCCUGCAUGAACCAUCCCUUCAACUAAAACCCAUCUUUUUUCUCUUCUUCUUGAUUCUUUACUAGUCCUCCUCUUCCAUAACCACCUUCACCAUCUAUUUGAUUUUAGAGUAACUACAUGGCUUCAAGCUCUCUGAAUAAACAAAACUCCAGCUCCUCUUGGACGGCGGAGCAGAACAAACGGUUUGAAAAGGCACUGGCUUUGUAUGAUAAGGACACCCCCGACCGGUGGCAGAAUGUAGCCAAGGCCGUGGGUGGGAAAACCGCUGAGGAAGUCAAAAGACACUACGAAAUUCUUUUAGAGGAUCUCCGGCACAUCGAGUCUGGUCAUAUUCCUAUUCCCAAGUACAGGUCUAGUGGCAAUCUUGCUGAAGAAGAGAGGCUUCUGAAGUAUCUUAAGCUGCAGGGAAGGCGUGAAGUCCAAGCCUCUUCGACCACAUUCUAGAUGAGCAGCAGAUUUGAGAGACGUAAAUCAGUGUAUCUAUCACUGUGAAAAUCCCUCUCUCUCUCUCUCUCUCUCUCCACUGUAGUUGAGGUCGUUAUCCUACCGUUCAAAUCUAAUCUAAUAAAAUAUCAAUCAUUAGAAACAAA